CGGAACUCCAACCUGAUUGCACACCGUCGCAUCCACACUGGGGAACGGCCCUACACGUGUGGGGAAUGUGGGAAGAGCUUCAGGGACAGAUCCAUCCUGGUCCGACACCGUCGCAUCCACACUGGGGAACGGCCCUACACGUGUGAGGAAUGUGGGAAGAGCUUCAGGAGCAUCUCCAACCUUAUCCAACACCAGCCCACCCACACUGGGGAAAAGCCGUACAUCUGUGAGGAAUGUGGGAAGGGCUUCAGUAUCCGCUCCAGCCUCUACACCCACUGGCAGACCCACACUGAGGAGAUGCCCUACACGUGUGGAGAAUGUGGAAAGAGCUUCAGGCAGAACUCCACCCUGAUCCGACACCGUCGCAUCCACACUGGGGAACGCCCCUACACGUGUGGGGAAUGUGGGAAGAGCUUCAACCGGAGCUCUGACCUCCACUACCACCAGCGCAUCCACACUGGGGAACGGCCCUACAAGUGCUUGGAAUGUGAGAAGGCGUUUCAGAGCAGCUCAGCUCUCCUCGUGCACCAGCGGAUACACACAGAGGAGAGGCCCUUCCGCUGCACCGACUGCGGGAAGGGCUUCAAACACAACUCCAACCUCGUCACCCACCGGCGCAUCCACACCGGGGAGAGACCCUUCAAGUGUGGAGAGUGCGGGAAGAGCUUCAGGCAGAACUCCAGCCUUAUCAAACACCGUCGCAUCCACACUGGGUAACGCCCCUACACGUGUGGGGAAUGUGGGAAGAGCUUCAACCGGAGCUCUGGCCUCCACUACCACCAGCGCAUCCACACUGGGGAACGGCCCUACAAGUGCUUGGAAUGUGAGAAGACGUUUCAGAGCAGCUCAGAUCUCCUCGUGCACCAGCGGAUACACACAGAGGAGAGGCCCUUCCGCUGCACCGACUGCGGGAAGAGCUUCAAACACAACUCCACCCUCGUCACCCACCGGCGCCUCCACACCGGGGAGAGACCCUUCAAGUGUGGAGAGUGCGGGAAGAGCUUCACCCAGAGGUCUAGCUUGAUCUCACACCAACGGUCAUUGGGCUGCUACUCCCUCCCCAAAUGA